AGAGGCCAACAGGGAUUUGUGGGCGAGUUCAAAAAGCAGAGCACGGCCACAGCACGGUGAGGUCGAGCAGGGAAAACCAAACUGGGGGUCUGGGAAGGGCAGGGCAGGGCUGCCCGUGCCCCUCCGGGCCCGGUGGGCUGCCGUGCUCGGGGCGGGUCCCUCCACCUGCGGCACCUGCCCCUGUCCCUGCCCGCACCUGGCUCCUCCCCGGGCGCUCCGCCCGCUCUCCCGGCUCCUCGGCCGCCUUCCAUCCCCUCCCAGCCCUGCCGCUCCCCAGCCCCAGAGAACAAGGAGCAGAAACAUCCUCCUGUGAUUUAUCAGUUUCUAAGUCUGGGCAGAGCUGCACUUCCCAACUGCUGUGAUGAGCUGGGCAAGGAUGGAUGGGACAUAAAGCAAGGCAGAAAUCCUGGAGCCUUAGUCACCAGUCUGAUGGACUUUCAGUUCACACUUUGCUCCCUGACACUUGAAUUGUUUCUGUACUGUUGACAAAGGCAAAAUGACCUCUACUCUAGGUCCUCCACCGCCAUACUACGAGAACAGGGGCUUCCAGCCAGAGCCCCUCUACGCUGCCAGGCAGGCAGCAGGUGCUGCUCCUUACCCCCAGCUCUUCUCCACAAGCCCUCCCUCCGUGCCAAGCUACGUGCCCAGGGCUGCCAGCCCCCAGCCCAGCCCGCCCGCAGCGCGCCCGCCCCGGAGAACGUGCGCCGCCAGUCUAAGGAAAACCAUAAUAAUAAUAUUAUCUAUAUUAAUAGUAAUUUGUUGUGCAAUUGCUGCUUUCUUCAUCUGGUAUUUUGUAGAGAAUCACUGUCUCAGCUCCCUGAUGGAGUGUGGAUCCUCAGGGGUGUGCAUGUCCCCCUCCCAGUGGUGUGACGGAGUGAGCGACUGCCCCAACGGGGAGGACGAGACCCGCUGUGUUAGACUUUUUGGACCAAAUUUUAUCCUGGAAGUUUAUUCACCUGUCAGCAAAUCCUGGUAUCCUGUUUGCCAUGAUGAGUGGAAUGAUGAUUAUGGGAAGAUUGCAUGCAGAGACAUGGGCUACAGCGUAGAUACGUAUUUCUACAGCCGUGGGGUACCCCCUGAAGCCAGCUUUAGGAGCUACAUGAAGCUGAACACAAGUGCUGGGAAUGUAGACUUGUACAAAAAGCUGUACAACAGUGGUUCCUGUGCCACAGGAGACGUGGUUUCCCUGCGCUGCAUAGAGUGUGGCCUGGCCAGCAAGAGCGUGAGCAUGAUGAACAGGAUCGUGGGAGGCAGCGGGGCCGUGCUGGGGCAGUGGCCCUGGCAGGUCAGCCUGCACGUGCAGGGCACCCACGUCUGCGGGGGCUCCAUCAUCACCCACAGCUGGAUUGUGACAGCAGCACACUGUGUGGAAGGGCGACUUUCUGACCCACACAGCUGGAGGGUUUAUGCUGGGAUCCUGAACCAGGAUGAGAUGCUCUUUAGAAGUGGAUACAAAGUGCAGCUGAUAAUUUCCCAUCCAGAUUAUGACACAGACUCUAAAGACAAUGAUGUUGCCCUUAUGAAGCUGGAGACACCACUGAGUUUUACUGAAACUGUGAAGCCAGUUUGUCUGCCCAAUCCAGGAAUGAUGUUCCAGCCUAACCAGCAGUGCUGGAUAUCAGGGUGGGGAGCAGAGUACCAAGGAGGUAAAACAUCAAAUAACUUGAAUUACGUUGCGGUGCCCCUGAUAGAGCAUUCCAGGUGUAAUGCAGUUUAUAUCUACAAUGGCAUGAUUCUGCCCACAAUGAUCUGUGCUGGAGACCUAGCAGGGGGAGUUGAUUCCUGUCAGGGGGACAGUGGAGGUCCUCUGGUGACUCUCCACCACUCUGUGUGGUGGCUGGUUGGAGAUACCAGCUGGGGCACUGGCUGUGCCACUCCCAACAAACCUGGAGUGUAUGGGAAUAUGACUGUGUUUACAGACUGGAUUUAUAGAAAUAUGCAGGCAAACAGAUGACAAUACUCUCCUUGCUAAUCGAUGUUCCUGAGGACAAGAAUAAAUGAAGCCAUGGGGGCCUGGGAUAUUUAUUCACUUUGUGGUUGAUUUUAUUUUUCCUCUUUGAUUUUUCUUUUAAAAAGUAACAUGAAGGAUUGCACACUUGGUUCUGUGCUGGCUGCAGUGAUGGAUCUCAAUCAGUGAAGGUUUAUCACAAUGAGCACCUUUCUUCUCCUUGUGGUGCCUGGCAGAGUCAUUCUGUCAACUGCUUGCUGAAAUGUCUCUUUUGUUGAGUAACUUUUGCUUGAUAAUCAGGCUUACAAUGACAAUUUAAAUCACAAUUUAAUUUCAGAUUUUCGUAGCAGGAUGCUGAGACAGUUGGUUUAGUAGUUUUUAAAUUAAAUGUUAAGUAAUGUGAAUGUUGAAUCUCUGAGCUGCUGGUUGGCAAUUUAAAAAGAAAUUAAUGUUUUUUUUUAGUAUAGAAUUACAAAAUGGUUUGGGUUGGAAGGGACCUUAAGGCUCAUGCAGUUCCAACCCCACUGCCAAGGGCAGGGACACCUUACACUAUCCCAGGCUGCUCAGAGCCCCAUCCAGCCUGGCAUUGAACACUUCCAGGGCUGGACCACCCUCAACUUCCCUGGGCAACCUGUUCCAGUGCCUCACCACCCUUACAGGGAAGAAUUUUCUUCCUAAAAUCUGAUGUAAAUGUGCCCUCUUUCAGUCUGAUGUCACUACCCCUUGUCCUGUCACUCCAUGUCCUUGUCCAAAGUCCCUCUCCAGCUCUCUUGUGACUCAUUAGAGUCUGGAAAAGGUGCUGAGGUCUCCCCAGAGCUUUCUCCAGGCUGAAGAGCCCCAGCUCUCCAAAGCAGAGGUGCUCCAGCCCUUGGAACACCUUUGUGGCCUCCUGGGCUUGCUCCAAGGUGGAGAUGCCAGAGCUGGAUGCAGCAUUCCAGGUGAGGUCUAUGGAGAGUAGAGAAUGAGGGAUGUAUAUGAAGGGAAUUUUUCAUGCACUACAGUACAGGCAAAAAAAAAAAAAAAAUCAUGCUGUCUAUUCAGGUAGUUAAAAAUCCUCAGGACCUCAAUCAAAGUCAGAUUGUUGCAGUCUGGCUGCCUCAGACCUUACAAAAAGUGCUGUUCUGCCUUAAGCUGCUCUGAACCCAAAAUGGGCACUUUGUCAAAGUGGGAUUUGGACAGGGAUGCCCAGGACAGGGGUGCCCAGGACAGGGGUGCCCAGGACAGGGGUGCCCAGGACAGGGAUGCCUUGGACAGGGGUGCCCAGGACAGGGAUGCCCAGGACAGGGAUGCCCAGGACAGGGAUGCCCAGGACAGGGGUGCCCAGGACAGGGAUGCCCAGGACAGGGAUGCCCAGGACAGGGGUGCCCAGGACAGGGAUGCCCAGGACAGGGGUGCCCAGGACAGGGGUGCCUUGGACAGGGGUGCCCAGGACAGGGAUGCCUUGGACAGGGAUGCCCAGGACAGGGGUGCCCAGGACAGGGAUGCCCAGGACAGGGGUGCCCAGGACAGGGGUGCCCAGGACAGGGAUGCCCAGGACAGGGAUGCCCAGGACAGGGGUGCCUUGGACAGGGGUGCCCAGGACAGGGAUGCCCAGGACAGGGGUGCCCUGGACAGGGGUGCCCAGGACAGGGGUGCCUUGGACAGGGGUGCCCUGGACAGGGAUGCCCAGGACAGGGGUGCCCUGGACAGGGAUGCCUUGGACAGGGAUGCCCAGGACAGGGAUGCCUUGGACAGGGAUGCCUUGGACAGGGAUGCCCUGGACAGGGAUGCCCUGGACAGGGAUGCCCAGGACAGGGGUGCCCAGGACAGGGGUGCCUUGGACAGGGAUGCCCAGGACAGGGAUGCCCAGGAGAGGGGUGCCCAGGACAGGGGUGCCUUGGACAGGGGUGCCCAGGACAGGGGUGCCCAGGACAGGGGUGCCCAGGACAGGGGUGCCCAGGACAGGGGUGCCUUGGACAGGGGUGCCCAGGACAGGGGUGCCCAAGACAGGGAUGCCCAGGAUAGGGGUGCCCAGGACAGGGGUGCCUUGGACAGGGGUGCCCAGGACAGGGGUGCCCAGGACAGGGGUGCCCAGGACAGGGAUGCCUUGGACAGGGAUGCCUUGGACAGGGAUGCCCAGGACAGGGAUGCCCAGGACAGGGAUGCCCAGGACAGGGGUGCCCAGGACAGGGAUGCCCAGGAUAGGGGUGCCCAGAGCUGCAGCAGGAAGAGCCCCAGGGCUCAGUCCCUGGCUGAGCACACUCAGGGUGACUCUGACCCCUCCCUGCUGUGAAAGGCAAAGGGCAAAGGUUUCCAGGCAGGCUGUGCUGCACCUCCAGCUGCACACACACUCACACACAGACUGGAUAUUUUGUACAAGGAAACUCAAAGCUGAUGAACUACCUCAUUUGUUAAAUUUGGCUUCUGAUUCCUUAGAGCUCUCCUCUAUGUAUCUGCCUGUAUGUUUUUAGCAAAAUGUAAUUCGUAUCUGAGUGCCACCUGAAUGAGGAUUUUGAAAAUAAUUUAUAAUCGUGGUAGAGGAUCAAAAAGCCAUAUCAAAUCACUUUGUUAAGAAGGAUAAAUCUUUAUUGAAUGAAAUUACUCCACUAGUCUUGUUUUCUCUUUUGGUACUGAAAUGCAAUUAUCUGACAUGUAAACACUGCACCAAAUAAAUUGUUUUUUUGUUCGUG